GGCCAGUGGCGGGGCUUGCAAAGCUGCGAGGACUAGCAACGCGGUAAAGGCUGCCCAAGAUGAAGUGGAAGUCGGACAGCGAGGUGCAGGCCAUCGUGCAGAACUUCAGCCGGCGGUGCGGCGCGCGCACCGAGGGCGACGACUGGAACGUCUUCUGGGGCCACCCCUGGAACGUCCAGCGCCUCUUCCACCCGGACCUGGGCACGCGCCUGCGCGACGACCAGCUCGUGAACCACUUCCCGAACCACCUCGAGCUGACGCGCAAGGACCAGAUGGUCAAGAACGUGAAGCGGUGGCUGCGCGAGCAGGGCCGCGACAAGCAGCGCGAGGUCUUCGACUUCGUGCCCGUGACGCACCUCCUGCCGGCGGACUACUCGCUCUUCGUCGAGGAGUUCCGGCGGUGCCCGCGCGCGACGUGGAUCAUGAAGCCGGCGAACGCGGCGCAGGGCCGGGGCAUCUUCCUCGUCACGAAGCUCCACCAGCUCCGGAAGUGGUCCGCGGGCCGCUGGGCCGCGACGAAGGCGAGCGAGUCCUACGUCAUCUCGCGCUACGUCGACCGGCCGCACCUCGUCGGCGGCCGGAAGUACGACCUGCGGCUCUACGUGCUCGUGACGUCGUACCGGCCGCUGCGCGUCUACAAGCACCGCGAGGGCUUCGCGCGCUUCUGCACGUCCAAGUACGACCCCUCGCCGGCGAACCUCGGGAACCCCUUCGUGCACCUGACGAACGUGGCCGUGCAGAAGCACGGCAAGGACUACAACCAGCACCACGGCGGCAAGUGGAACCUGCGGCACUGCCGGCUGCACGUCGAGGCGACGCGCGGCCGCGCGGCCGCGGCGCGGCUCUUCGCGGACAUGGACCGGCUCAUCGUCGACUCGCUGCGCGCCGUGCAGGCCCAGAUCAUCAACGACCGCCACUGCUUCGAGUGCUACGGCUACGACGUGCUCGUCGACGACGACCUGAAGCCGUGGCUCGUCGAGGUGAACGCGUCGCCCUCGCUGUCCGCGACGACGCGCGCCGACCGCGUCAUGAAGCUGGCGCUGAUCCGGGACGUGCUCGACGUCGUGCUGCGCGAGGGCACGGAGGCGCGCGACCGGCCGAUGCGCGGCGCGGGGGGCUUCGCGGUGCUCUACGACGAGGCGGGGGAGCGCUCCGCGGCCGCGGCCGCGGCGGCGAAGCCCCGGAAGCGGGGGCGGUAGGAGGGC